AUGAGUGUGAACUGGCAUGUUCUAAUAUCAAAAAUAAAAAAGAUCCAGUUACUAUUGCAUACUCAGGAGAAUGUAAAAAAGGAAGAAAGCUGUCUGUGUUCUAAAAUCUAUGCACCAGUCUGUGCUUCGAAUGGAAAAACAUAUGCAAAUGAAUGUGAACUAAAAUGUUACAAUAUCGAAAAUAAAAAAGAUCCAGUUUCCAUUGCAUACCCAGGAGAAUGUAAAAAGGAAGAAGGUUGUCUGUGUUCUAAAAUAUAUGCACCAGUCUGUGGAUCGGAUGGAAAAACAUAUGCAAAUGAAUGCGAAGUAAAAUGUUACAAUAUUGAAAAUAAAAAAGAUAUUAAAGUGUUUAUAUCUUAUGAAGGUGAAUGUAAAGAAGAUACCAAUUGUUUUUGUCCCACAAUUUAUCAACCUAUUUGCUCUAUUGGUGGUAUUACGUUUGGGAAUGAUUGCCUUUUAAACUGCAAAAACAGGGAACUAGAGAAGAAUGGUGAAAAACCAUUAAUAAUAGUAAGUUACGGUAAAUGUUCCGAUGAUUGUAUCUGCUCUGAUAUUUACGAACCAGUUUGUGGAACUGAUGGGAAAACAUAUCCAAAUGAAUGUGAACUUAUGUGCAAUAACAAGGAAUUAAAAGAUCCAGAAAAAUAUAUAAGUAUAUCUUAUCCAGGUCUGUGUAAAGUAAAAUGCGAUUGUAAAUCUCCGGAAGAAAACGUGUGUGGAAGUGACGGCCAAACUUAUAAAAGUCCAUGCAUUUUAGAGUGUGAAAGUAAACAGAUUGAAGAAUCUGGCCUAACACCAAUUGAAAUUGUUAAGAAAGGGGCUUGUACGUACCCAUGCAAGUGUUUAGAUAUAGUUCAACCUGUAUGUGGCAGUGAUCAAAAGUCUUAUAAAAACUAUUGUAUACUAGAUUGUGUUAACACAAAUUUAAGACCACCUUAUGAGUAUGAAACACAUGAAUAUGAAAACACUAAAUAUAUUAAUGGCUACGGUAAUAACUACAAUAAUGAUUAUAGAUACAAUACUUUUGGAUAUGCAGGUGGACACCUACCAAAUUAUUAUAAUUCGUAUCGAUUCUUUUACGGGGGCAAUGGAUACGAUGACUAUUCACACCCCAGAUAUAAACGCGAUGAAUAUGAAGGUAUAGAAAUUACUAAAAGCGAAGAUAAACAAACAACAGAUAUAGUUGUUCAAGAUAAAACUUCAGGAAAAAAAGACGAAGUAAUACAAUUCCCUAUCACUAUUAAAAAUAUAGGACUUUGCAAAGAAUGUUACUGCUACAAUAUUUACGAUCCAGUCUGCGGAAGUGAUGAUGAGACAUAUGAAAAUGAAUGUCAGUUAAACUGUAAAAACAAAAAACUAAAAGAUAAAGAAUUAAUAUUUAUAAAAGCAAAGGGUCGUUGUGGACAAUGUCUUUGCCCUGAAAUCUUUGCGCCGGUGUGUGGUAGCGAUGGAUAUACUUAUCCGAAUAUAUGCGAAUUUUACUGUCAACGAAGUAAAGAAGAAAAGGAAAAGAAAGAAGAGAAGAAAAAACAAAACAACAUUUUCGUUAAAUACUUUGGCGAAUGUCACCCAUAUUCAAAAUAUUAA